UUUUCGCAAUAUGUGCACCAUGUUUUAGGUGAUUCGGCGUGUAUAAUAGAAUGUCAGCCUUUGUUUUCAACGCGUUUUUCAACAAAUUUCUUUCCAGGUUCUGUACCAUUUUAUCUAUCCAUUCUGGCGGGCUGGGUAUUAAAAAGCAACUUUCACAACUCAUUCCUUUCUAUGUGACAAGAGUGACAGUAAGCAUUAUGGUCUAAGAAACUAUCAUAAUUCAGUAUAGUAGCACGUAAUGAAUAAAUGUUAAAUUACAUUAUAUGAACAGAGGAAUGAAUGGCCUCGUGGUUAUUUUUUGCUUCAUAAUGCAAUUGUUGAUUUCCGCUGCUAAGUAACGACAUCAAUUUCUCAACGGUAUCGUGCUCAGAAAGCGUACAUUUCUAGAAAGAAAGGAAAUACUUUAUUACUCCGGUUUGUUUCCAACUUAAAGAAAUGGUUAGAAUUACAGAAGAACUAAUUCGCAAAAGAUCAGAACACAAUGAAGGGGAAAUAUCCACUUUAGAAGAGAUAAGCCUACAUCAAGAAGACAUUGAGAAGAUUGAACACAUUCAGAAUUGGUGCCGAAAUCUUCAGAUACUUCUUCUGCAGUCAAACUUAAUUGCUCGAAUUGAAAAUCUUUCAAAACUGAAAAAGCUUGAAUACUUGAAUUUGGCACUGAAUAACAUAGAGCUAAUAGAAAAUCUUGAGGCAUGUGAAUCAUUGCAGAAAUUGGAUUUGACUUUAAAUUUUAUUGGACAGCUUCAAACAGUUGAGUCUCUGAAGAAUAACAUUCAUUUACAUACUCUGUAUCUGACAGGGAAUCCCUGCACUGACUACAAGGGCUAUCGCCAGUUUGUUGUAGCAUCUUUACCACAGCUCAGACAGCUUGAUGGGACUGACAUUGAAAGGUCAGAAAGAAUUUUAGCAGUCCAGGUUUACAAAAAUGUGAUAAAAUCUAUAGAACUGGAUCAAAAACUAUACCAAGAAAAAAGAGAGAAGCAGAAGCAAGAUAACGAGCUGAAAGAAAAAGAUCAUCAGUGGUCUCAACCUGAAUGUUAUGGAGAUCCAGAGAAGGUCAAACAAUUUUGGUCAGAAACCUGUGAUCACAGCCCUGAAACUAGAGUCCAUUUGGCAUUAGAAGCGAGAAAGAGCAACAACAACAAGGAUUUGAGUAAUAAUGAUUUUAAAAAUGAGCCAGCAUGUGUUAAUCUCUUUGACAAAGAGGGGAAACCGCGUAAUGUGAAUGAAGCCAAGGUUCCAUUUACACUCAAAGAGGAAGAUGGAUGUUACAUAUUAGACAUUACUGUCUUCAGACAUUUGGACACAGCACUCAUAGAUGUUGAUAUUCAGCCACAGUACGUUACGGUGUUAAUCAAAGGGAAAACAUUGCAGCUAACGUUGCUUAAUGAAGUAGAGAUUAAUAAUUCAACAGCCAAGCGGUCACAAGCAACUGGUCAUUUAAUCAUUACAAUGCCUCAGGUAAAUGGUAUGAUUAUGUCAAAGAAGAAGCAACUGAAUAAAAAGAACAGCACUGAAACUACUCCGUCACUUACUCAAAACAGCAAAAGAGAACUCCUUGAAAUUGGACCUCCUCCACCAUUGGAUUUUGCCAAUAUUGUAAAUAUCAAAGAAAUAAAAACAUCUCUUUUGGAUACUACAUGUUAUUCUUCAAGAUUCACGCUGCAAGGAAAAAACCCACAAGAAGAUUACAUUGAAGAUCCUGAUGUACCACCUCUAGAAUAAAAAAUCUUGGCUGCUGCUGUUAUGUAGAAGAAAAAAAAAUUAUGUACAUGUUUAAGUAUUGUUUCCAUACAUGUUCAGAGAAAAAUGUAUAGCUAUUUCAGUAGACAAAUGUUUUGGAAAUUUAUAUAUGCACAAUUUCUCAACUUUCAUAUGUUGUAUUUCUUGUUAUAAUGUAUGGAAUCUGUUCAUUUUUUCACACAGUAGAACCUAAAUUAACUGUCACUUUUGGGACCACAAGGUGAUCGAAACACUAACAAGGUCAUAUAAUCAUGAGAAUGAAAGAGGCUGUUUACAGAGCUCAAAACUAUGUAAUAAAAGAGAAUUAAGGGAGGAAAAAAAAAAUCACAUUUCUAAUUAAGAGAAAUUAAAACACAAAAUUUCACACACUGAAAAUUAUUAAAAAAACUAAUUUUCCCCCCAGUUUCUUAAACCUUGAUUUAGUGGUAACAUCACACUACUUCAUUGCCCACUAUAUGUCCACAGUUGUGGUUGGCAGUUAUUCCAAAUAUCUGAAGCAGUCUCUAACUUGCCAUUUGCUACAGAGUGGCUGAUAUUUUCCAUUUACUUCCUUUUCAUCAUCAUCUGACACCUUUCCCUCAACACUAUACUGUUGCAAAACAAGAUUCGAUGAUCUGAUACUCCAAGUUAUUCAUCAAUAUUAGCAGCAGCAUCACCUUCUGCUAGUCAUUCCUCUACCUCAGCAGGCUGGAUAUUCAGAAGAAUUCACACAUCAUUGACUAAAUUUGUAGUGUGUGAGACUUAUUACUUUCCGAAACUUCCUACUCUUGGUUUAGGGUAGGACAAAUCACCUUCCAAGAUUUUUGUAGAGUGGUUUUCAUAAGUUGUUCUCAAGCUUAAACUACUGUGUAAUUGUAUCUAAUAUGUUGGUUCUUUCAUUGCUUCAAAAAGAACACAACCCUUUUCUGUUUUCUCUUACAAACCACUGACAUAUUUCCUCCUGCAAACAGCUACUUGACCAUUCAAUAACACAUUUAUCCAGUGGAUGAACUACAUAAGUCACACAGGGGGCAGGGGGAGGCUUUGUUGAAGUUCAGACUCAUGUAGAGGGGUGGCUUGGGACAUUACGUAACAAUACAACUGCACAGGGGGAGGGAUUUUCAAAGUCAAGUAUUUAACAGCCAGAACAAAUGCAUUAGAUCCAUUCUUUUAACAAACCACCAUUCAUCCAAAUCCUUUUUUGAGCUUUGUAAUGACCAGAAAGCACUAACAUUUGAUUAUGUUUUUGAUGGCUCUUGGUUUCUUAGAGUUGCUGACCACAAACAACAGUAAUUUGUGGCCACCACUUGAAUUGCAGCAUGCUGCAAUGGUAAGACAAUCUUUGCUGAUUUUAUGCAGUGUGUGUUUCAUUCUUUGAGGCAAGGGUUUUUUUCAGGUUGCAUAUCAGCCACCUGUUCAUUUUUUGAUACUGUUUUUGCAAUUUUUUCAACAAACUUCCUAUGUGCAUCAUCCGCAGAAUAAAGUUUUUCACCUCAAAUGACGACUUUCCCCACAGCUGAAGACAAUCUGAUGUUUCUUGAAAUUAGUAGUCUUCACCCCCGUAGUUUUCCGUGCAACUGAAUAGGUUUUUUAACAAGAGGGCCUGAAGUGGGGUCCCUUUACAUUUUUCCUUAUGAAACCAAACCCGCACAAUAGCUUAAGUUUUAGUUUUUCAAUGUAUUUCUAAUUUUUAAAGCCUUUUCACCAUCCACAGUUAAUGAAGAAGCUUCAAGAUUUCUUCCUUUCUUUUUCAAUUCUUUAAUGGUUGAGACUAGAACACCCAUUUCAGAGGCUAAUUUAGCAACUGACUCACCUCUGUGAAGUCUUUGCAGAAUACUUAGUUUCUGUUCGAUUGUGCCCAUGUUCCCUUCCCUGACUUGUAGCUAAUUUUAGUUUUCAGCAUCCCUUACACUUCUUAAUCACAAACUGUAUAAAACUACACAGCAAAUUUUAAAGAAACGCCAUAAAGAAACUCACAUAGAUAAAACAGCUGAUUAAAAGACUCCAGUAUAGCGAACAGUCCAGUAAAACAGUAAUCUGUCAACUGACAUCUGUUGUGACACGAGCUAACCUGUCAACAAUUCUGGCAUGCUGUUUGGUGGACAGCUCAGAGAUAAGGAGGAAUGCAUGGUUAGAUAAUCUGAACAGUCAGUUAAUUGAAGGUCAGACAAUCUAAGUUCAACUCUAUGCUAUAUCAGUUUUCCGGUGUAUCAGGACAGAGAGAUCAAAAGAACAUUUCUGUCAGGACUUUUUUUUUUUAAUUAAAAAGAAUCAAAAAAACUUUCUGGAGAUAUGAGGACAAACAAGGCUCCAUGUGGUCUCUUGCCACAUAAUCUGGACUCAUUACUACUACAUUAGCCAUGGUUACAUCAACAGGAACAUGCAAAUCCCAUAGUCGUCUCUUAUUUCUCCUUUGAAUCUUAGAAAACUACAUAAAAUGUCAAUCGGAAUGCUCCAACAGAGGGGAAAAAAUUACAUACUCCUGAAGAACUAGCUUCACCAGGUGUGGUUUAAUUUUCUGUUUCCAUAAUGGGAUACAAUGAACAACCUGUUUGUUUGGCAAGAUAAAAUAUGGGGGUCUUUGAAUAUAGGCAAGUAUAAUUUGUGACGAAAAAUUGUUAAAAAGUGCCUGUUAUGAUAAUGGUGUUUAGAUGCAUUCUGUUAUCGUAUUUACUCGAAUCUAAGCCGCACCUGAAAAAUUAGACUCUAAAUCAAGGGGGGAAAAA